AAACUGUCACUAACAUCAAAUCGAUGCCGCUGUGAAAGUGAAUCUGCGAUGCAGAAAAUCAAAAUUUCUAUUUCAUAAUAAAUUACAAAUUUAACAACAAAACAAAUGAAAAUUUAAUAAAUAUUUAUCCACCAGCAAAUAAUUUCCAUAUUAUAUUAACUAGAAAUUGAAUUAGUUUCGUGAAAAAACAAAAAAAAAAAUCCAAAUAAACAAAAAAAGAAAAAUAGAAAUGGCACCACAACCACUUGAGGGCAUGCAAGGCCCAAUGUCUGGAUUUUUGCCACCCGGACAAGAAGGUGGUGGCUCCUGUCGCAAUACAAUAUCAUUGGCUGUUUUAAUAGACUUUAUUAUUCAAAGGACAUAUCAUGAUUUAACUGUUUUAGCUGAAUUGCUUCCCCGAAAAACAGACAUGGAAAGAAAAAUUGAAAUUUACAAUUUCUCCGCAAGAACCAGACAAUUAUUCAUCAGACUAAUUGCUUUAGUCAAAUGGGCUAAUUCAGUUUCUAAAGUUGACAAAUCUGCUCACAUAAUGAGCAUCUUAGACAAACAAAAUAUGUUGUUUGUUGAAACAGCCGAUAUGUUGGCUAGAAUGUCGAGAGAAACUCUUGUUCGAGCUCGCCUUCCAAAUUUUCAUAUUCCAGCUGCUGUUGAGAUUCUUACAACGGGAACGUAUAAUCGUUUGCCUGCAUGCAUUCGAGAGAGAAUCGUUCCACCAGAUCCGAUUACACCAAUUGAAAAGAAACAAACGCUAUUGCGUUUGAAUCAAGUCAUUCAACAUCGUUUGGUUACUGGGAAACUUUUGCCACAAAUGAGAGACUUUAAAAUUAAACAUGGACGUGUUACGUUUGAAGUUAAACAUGAAUUUAAUGUUUCAUUGACUGUUAUGGGAGAUGGUCCAACUGUACCAUGGAGAUUGUUGGAUAUUGAUAUUCUUGUUGAAGAUAAGGAAACUGGAGAUGGAAAAGCUCUUGUUCACUCGUUGCAAGUUAAUUACAUUCACCGUUUGAUCCAAGCUCGUCUCGUCGAAAACCCAAAUGCUCUAAGUGAAGUCUACAAUUGCUUGCAUUAUUUCUGUCAAUCGUUGCAACUAGAAGUCCUCUACACCCAAACACUUCGUUUAAGUUAUGAACGUUUAGAAGAUAACAUUUAUGUUGAGGAAUAUGUCCCUGGAGUCAAAGUCACUGUAUCUUACUGGCGUGAAUUGACUCGAAUGGAUCCAAAAUCUGAACUUGGUUAUCGUCUAACAGUUCAAAGUGAUCCAAAUGAAAUUGGUCGCCCAUUGGCUGUGGUGCAUGUUCCAUCGUUAGGUGCUAAAGAAUCAUCAGAAGUUGCCGAUCGUGCUGUUAGAACGGAACAUUUAUCAAUGGAACGUCUGAUUGUGCACACAGUUUAUAUUCGUUCUGUGUCUCGUUUGAGUGAUUUGAAACUUGAAUUUCAAUCAUUUUUAAAAGAUGUUGAUUUCAAUUUACAAGGAACCCCGGCAAUUUUGACAGUUCCAGUCCUUAAUCCAUGUCUCAGAGCUGAACAGGUGCAUAUCACCAUCGAUACACACACCGGAAUGUUGAAAUGCCAUGUUCCCAAACACUUGGACUGUCCGAUUAUGAAUGAACUCCAGACAACUCUCAAUGGUGAUCACAGUAAGCUGCAAAAUCUUAUAUCGGAAUUGAGAUUCUGGAUAACCCAUCGUCGCUGUGAAAAGACAUUGCAGCAUCUACCCGCCACAGCAACAGAAACUCUUCCAUUUUUGGUCGUUCCAGAUAAUCCACUCCUUCUCGCAGGGCGCCAUAAAAUCUUUGUCAAACUGAAUCGACAUCCAAAUGUUAUUUUGGUUGUCCAACUGAAAGAGAAACCUUCAGCACCAAGUGAAAUGGAAUACACCUUCCAUUUGGGCUUUGUUAGCCACAACGUUGUUGAUUCUGAUGAUCCAAAUAAUCAACCACCACCGGAUAUUCCCAAAAUGUAUACAAAACUCUUGCGUUUAAUUGAAUUUGAUACAUUUGUUGCAACACAUGGUCCUGGCACGCAUGUUGACGGUAAGGAGCAAGUAUAUACCAAUCAAGUGGGAUGUCAUCCCUUAUCUCCUUCCAUAUAUGUUCCACCACAUAAACGUAAAUCAUCACUUGAACUGGUGGGUCCACCAUCGAAGCAACAAAAAACCAUCUUCCCAGCUUAUUUCAUCCCAGAAUUGGCACAUGUUGUUGCAAUGUGUGAUGAGAAGAUACCAUUCCUCAAUUUGGCACAAGAAUUUGCCAAACAUAAUAUUCCACAUAGUGGUUUGCAAGUUGAAUCAAAUGCUACUUCAUUGGUUUUGAAGUUAUUGACGCUGCCAAUGCCGGUUGCUGCAGCUGAUCCAAAUCAAAAGUCGACAACAACUCUGCCGAUUAUCGAGAAACACGUCUGGAAUGAUCUACUAAAGCGUCUGCUCUCAGUCUCCAUCCGUUCCCAGAUGAACAAGAAUAAUCAAAGUCGUGCAUGGGUUGUGGAAUUUGUCUUCUACAGUACUCCCCUCCAGAGUACCCAUCAAAAAGAACAAGGAAAUCGACGAACUGUCUAUCUGACCUAUGAACAAACUCACAAUGAUCUCGGCAAGACAGUGGAGGAGCUCCUAAAAGAUUGGUCAAAAAUUGUCUAUCUCUACACGCUGGUUUAUAAUUUCUCAGAACAUUUCAAAUCAGAAAAAUACAACCUUCACACCAUGGUGAGUGUCAAGUCAUACAGUUAUGUGAAUCUCCUGAUGGGUUAUGGACCAAACAAAGAAGUCACAUGCAAUGUGUAUUGGUCAGCUCAAUUGAAAGGUUUUCGCUUAGUUUUCGUCGGUGGAUUGUCAGCCAUCAAUGCUCACUCCAUGAUGAGGGAACAAUUGCAAUCACAUCUUAAUCGUCAUCAGGAUCUAACCCACAUCGUGCAUAUUCUUCAUGAAACCUAUCAACCAUUGAGUUCGAUAUCGAAGUUGCCUAUUAUUCCACAAUUGGGUAUUCCACGCCCUCAAGUGCCAGUUCUAUCGUUCUGUAUUCUUCCACAAUCCCCAACUCUAUUGCGUCUAGCAUAUUCAGCCAUGUACUGUUUAGAAAUCCGUUUCAGAGCUGGUGGAUUGGUGUCCAUUCGAGACGGCGCUUAUAGUCGUUUCGAUCGGAGUAACGUAAUCGAUGAAUUCACUCCCACACAAGGUCUCAAGGGGUUCCUAUCGAAAUAUGUCGAUGAAAAUGCAGUCUACCGAAGGCGUUCCCAAAGCGAAGAUGAUAAUCCUCCAUCACCGGUGCCCAUGGAAGACACACACAACACACAAGGAACUGGAGGUUCGUCGCCAUUCUUGAGCGGCAACAACAUCCGAGGACCCCAAAGUCCUCGUGAUGGUGGAUUGCGAUUUGCCCCACCAAUAACUCCACCAACAAGUUCAAAUCCUCACACUCCGGCUAGUCCACACCCAAUUGGAGGCCAGCAGAAUCAUCCAAACUUUAGUAUGACAUCGCCACCAGCUCCUCAUAUGCCUCAUCCAUCACCAAGUGGUUUGAUGCCUUCAUCGCCUCUAAAUCCACAACCCAGUCCAAUGGCACAUUCGCCGGGACCGAAUAUGUACAUGCAGCCGCAUACAGAUGGAAGUCCAUUUACUGCAAUGUCACCGGCCACAUCCAACUGGCCUGGAUCACCGAGCAUGCCAAGACCAUCGCCCAGACCUGGUCAGAGUCCAGAGCACAAAUCACAGACAACAGUGUCGACAACACAUUUGUCCAGAGUACUGCCAAAUCGAUCAUGGGCUGGAGCUGUUCCAACUCUUCUCACCCAUGAAGCUAUGGAAACUCUAUGUCGACCAUGUCCACAUCCGAAUAAGGAAAUCGGUGGGCCAGAAGUGUGUCCUUUGGAGAGAUUCUUGGGUUGUGUGUAUAUGCGCAGGCAGCUACAACGCAACAUCCAAGCCGAAGAAUCACUCACGGCCUUGAAUUCCAAUGAACCAGGUGUAGUUCUGUUCAAAGUUGACGGUCUACAGUGUCAAGUGGUUUUGAAUCAGAUCCACAUGCAGUCAUUGCAUUUGAAGGUAUCGCAAAUACCUGUCCAGCCAUUGCCAGAUGGAAAACCUACGUUCCAAUGGAAUCCGGAUGAUUUGCAAGUGGUCGAGCAGUUCUUUGAGACGCGGAUAGCCGUUCCACCAUAUCGACCAAAUGCUUUGCAUGGUUUUUGUCGUGCUUUAAAUUGUCCCAUCCAAGUGCUGAAGGAUUUCAUUCAGAUAAUGAGAUUGGAAAUGAUGCCGGAAUUAGCUCAGGGUAGUCUCAAGUGGACAGUGCAAUUGUGUAUGAGAGUUCCACCAUCUGCUCCUCCAAUAGUUCCAAUUGGAAGUCCUGGUGUUUUGAUUUGUCGACUUAAGAUACUUUUCUUCCUCCAAGUAACAAGAAUUCCAUACCCUGGAAUGGAUCGUAGCAAUAGCCCAUCGUUAGUUUUGCCCAUGAUCUAUGAUUUGAAUUCGAAUAUAACACAGUUGGCUGAACGGAGAGAACAAGCUCCAUCACAAGCAGCUAAUGCAGCUGGUAAUCUUCUGAGACGAUUUGCCGAUUAUGGCCCACAACCUGGAGAAUGUUCACUCUUCCCAGCUGUAAGAGAUUUACUAACAAAUUUGACUUUACCAAGUGAUGUGCCUCCACCUGGUGCACAAAUGCCUGGAGCUCAGUCAAUUGUCCCAUCGCCAGUUGGCUCAAGUCCUGGACCAAUGAUGCAUUCACCAAUGGCACAAAUGGGACAAGUUGGACCACCACCUCAAGGCUAUCCAAUGGCUCCGAAUCAAGGACCCAACUGAUAAUUACUGUAUAAUAUAAAUUAACCUAAAAGGCUGGCUAAAGUGGUUUCUAUUGUAAUGCAAGUAUGUAAAAUGGACGUGACUGAGAGGUUUGACCAAAAAACAGAAACAAAGGAAAAAUGUAAAGCUCUCAUUUAUAUUUUAAUUAUUUUUUUUUUUUCUAGAUAUAAAAAUAUUUUAUUAUUAUGUAUUAUACUAUAAUGUAUUGUGUAAUUAAUCAUGAAAAUAUUAAAAAAUUGAGUUUAUUUAAACUUUUAUUUACUCC